CAAACCGGGGAAGCAGCAGCAGCACCACCAGCAGCAGCAGAAGCAGAAACCCAGAAAAUCGGCGAAAAGCCUGAGAAAGUAGAGGUGACGCCGAGGGCCUCCUGGAAUGCCGCCAUGACUACCCUCCAAACCAGUAAGGAUCCCCACCUCCGAGGAGUAUCUCCCAAACCCAGCAAGAUUCCAGUACUCUCUCAAAGAUGCCCAGAUUUUUCCUCAGUCAAGUCGCGCUCUUUGGACCAAGAGAACCAAGAUCCGAGGAGACCAGCACAGAAGCCACCACUCAGUACUCAACGUCGUCCACUCACUGACACAGCAGGCCUCAGAUCGAAAACCUUGCACCAGACAGAAAGAUCACCGAGACUGAGCACCACUCAGCUGCGGAACCCUCUGGAGGAACUCAAGCCUAGCUCUGGGGAAUCAAAUGUGGGGCUUGUGACCCACCCCCAGACAGAGGCCACAGGGGCUAUAGAGUUUGUGGCUGACCCUGCAGCCCUGGCCACCAUCCUGUCAGGUGAGGGAGUAAAGAGCUGUCCCCAGGGGUACCGGUCCAGUCUGGCUCAGAGAGUGCUAGUCCGUGAGAGAAAGGGAAGUGCCACCCAGAGGGACCAGAGUGCACGGUCUUCUGCAUACCUGGCUCGUAGAAUCACCACCCAUCAAGUGGGUCCUGCCAGGGCUUCCUGCUUCUCAAGACUGGAGGGUCCGGGACUCCGAGACCGCACUUUGUCCCCACAGACGUUAGAGGCUCUGAAUCCACCUCCAGGUUCCUCUCAUUCCUCCACUCGCCCCAGUUUACAGGAGCUAAGAAGGAAGAUCCGUGGAGGCGACAGGGACAGCAGGACCCCAGCGAGACAGGCCUUGCGAAUACUCCUGAAGACCCCAUUGCAGCCUGCUUCCUCAUCCCUCAGAGGAGAACACAAGGCUGUCCCUCACUCAAGUGGAGGAGGAAGACCCCAUCUGGGUCUGGCUCAACGAGUACCAGUAAAAGAAAGUCUAACACACACCAUGACCACAUGUUCAUCCAUGAAACGCUUUACCAUUCGGCGGAAAACCCAAUUCACACCCCUCCAGUCACCGCCUACAGUUCAGCAGGCCCAGUGGCUGAGUGGCCUCUCCCCUCAUUCCUCCCCUGAAGAGCCUGCCCUGCCCUGGGAGCAAAUUGCUGUGAAGUUGUUUGACCAGGAGAGUUACAUCACCUCGCAGAAGGGACCUGGGAAGCCAUCUGUGGCAAGCACUUCUGGACCCCACCCCAAGAGAACCCCCAGUCACCAGGAGCUCAGGAUGCAGCGCAUCCAUAUUUUGCAGCAGCUCUUGCAGCAGGAGGUAGAGGGGCUGGCCGCGGGCAGCUGCACCCCUCUGAAUGGAGGCUCCGCUUUAGAUAUGACUGAACUUCAGCCCCUGGUGGCUGAAAUGUCUAGAACUCUGAAUGCUCCAGAGCACAAUUCUGGAACUUCCCUUCUUGAACUGUCAAAACACUCUGGUGUGACACAGCCCCUCGUAGCAGAUCGUGAGGAAUCACAUGCAGAAAAGCAUGGGGAACCACAGGCCUGCCCUGGGGAGGGGACUAAGGCAGCUCAGCCCUGCCCUACCACAGAUCUAAAGCCUCCAAUGCCACACAGAGCUGAGCCAGAGCCGCCGGAGCCUUGCCUUCCAGCACUGUCUGGACCCCCUCUGCCUAGUUGUCCGGAACAGGCUGAGCCCCCCGAGGCCGGCCCUAGGAUAGAGCUGGGAGCAUCGGCAGCCUGCUCUCUGGAAGCUGGAAACCAAGAGUCUAGCCCACAGCCCUGUUGCAGUCAGGGGCCUCCAGCAACCACCAGCUUGAUCUUCUCGUCACAAAGCCCAGUCUGUGCCAGCCCCCCUAUCCACUCUUUGAGAUCCCCAACAGGCCAUUCAGGCCCCAGCAGUGUGGUCUCUCGCACCCUGGCCCUAAGGCAGCGCCUCAGAGCGUGCUUCACCACCAUCCACUGCUUCCAUGAGGCUCUCCUGGAUGACGAAUGUGCCUUCUACACUAGCCGAGCCCCACCUCCGGGGCCCACCCGAGUCUGCACCAACCCUGUGGCCACGAUGCUUGAAUGGCAAGAUGCCCUGCGUUUCGUUCCAGUCGGCCCUGUGGGCCCACAGGACUCUCCGUCAUGACUCCGGCCUUUACCAGGCUUCUGUCCUGUCGCCCACACCACUUCCUUUCACCUUAUUUAUUGUUGACCUGCCCAUUGGACUGGGAACCAACGCCCUUUAUCCUUUAAUAAAGUUUCUAUUAAUUGUAUUUGAA